AUGUCACAGACGCCGACACAGACGCCUUCGCGGCGGCGGGCGCCGGUGGAUACGCCGGGUUCUGUGCGGUCCAACACGUCCACGAGCGAUCGGAGUGUGCUGCUGGAGCGCACGGAAGAGCUCGAACUGGAGAUCGAUGAGCUUCGACGAGCGAUAGCGGCGGAGCGCGAGCGGAGGCGUUCGACGCAGCGGCAGCUGGAAAAGCAGCGCGCCACCGAUGCAACGCGCGACGAGGUGCGCACGACUCUGCUGGAGAAGCUGCGCCAGAUGGACGACGAUGCGCUUACCGCGUUGCUGGGUGCGUCGGUGCACAGUCUGGCGCGCGUGAUUGCGGGUGCGGAUUCCGCAUCCUGGACCGCAGUCGACACAGGGCUUGUACCCAGCAAGUCGGUCGGUGUGGAGGGCACAGGUAGUGGGGCUGAUAUCGACCGUCGAAUUGCGCUAUCCCAGAGCGCAGGGGUGGAGAACGAGUUGCAUCGAACCCGACAUGUAGCGUCCGUCAACACCUGGCUGCUAGAUCGACAGCGCCGCUCCAAUGCGCUCGUUCAGUCGCUCGCCCAGUUCUCCUAUCUCGACAUCGACACUCUCGACCAAGGAUCCUCUGGCGAGGGUCGAAGUGUGCACCUAGCGGGAUCGUUUGCACGACUUUUUCCGAUCGAUAUCCGGUUCGUCAUCGACGACUCUGGUUCCUCUCCUGCGGUCCAGCGUCUGGCAAUCGACAUUCCGAGCUGGCUUUCAACUACGCUCAACACCCCGCACACGCUGUUUUCCCGCUUGGUCAAACGUAACGAUUUACCGGCUAUAAUGCUCAUGCUGCGUACAAUGGUGCCACUGCUGGCGUUGCGGCGCAACAUGUUUACAUCGCUCAUGGAGUCGUAUACCGACUUGGUGCGAUCACACAUUCGGGCUUGGGAAUCCACACAUGGGGUUGACUUUGCGCCCUGGUAUCCACCGGGCACCUCACGCAAGCGCGCCUCGUCCCGAGUCGACGAAACCCUAGGUCGAUCACUCAUCGCUGCCGAUGCCGAAACACUCGUCCUGCAAAACACCCACGGUGCAUCGCUAACACUGCGCUUCCGCAUUGUCUGGAAUCGUUACGGCCAUGCAGUGCCACAGCUAGACGCUGAACCCAACGUACCAGGAAAGUUGAUGGACGAAACGGCAUCUGCGUUCUUGCAACAGUUCGGGGACGAAUUCAAGCACCUCUGCAAGGUUGCGGUACAGCAGGAUGGGAUUGUGGGGUGGGGGGAUGAGGAGCAGGAUCAGGCUGUGGGAAGGUGGGGCCUCAUGCCGGCACUCCACGCCACAGUGGCGGCGUUCUUUAGACUAGCAACAGACGAAGCCUCGGAUACAGGCUCCGACUAG